AUGCUUUCAUUCCAACAAUGUCAGAUUGUAGAGCAUGAUUAUGCGAGUGAUAUGAAUGUCGAUCGUUUCAUGUCUGAUGAAUAUUCACAAAUGUUAAGUGUGUUAUAUGCUAAUGCACCACAGUAUACUGGACUAUUAAAUUAUACAUAUGAUGUUACAACAAAUUGCUAUACAAUAAUUGGAUUGAAAGCAGAUAAACCAAGGAAUGGAAAUUGUGAUGAUUUAUCCGAUCAUUAUCCAGUCUUAGGUUAUUAUGAAUUCUGA